UCCAUCGCGGCGGGCGACGUGAGCGGUGACGGGGGGCACCGUAACCCGGCAGGCAUUGAGGCAUCGCACGACACCAUCACCAACCAGAACCAGCCCACUGCACACCACAAGCGCGCGCUCCGUCCUACUCCUUCGUCCCUCCUAGUAUAAACUAGCCGCCGAUCUCUCUACUCCAGUGAGAUACUCCAUGUGAUAGAGAAGAGAGAGAACCAAACAAUAAUCCCCUCUCGAGGACGAGGCGAGACCGGCGAGGCGGCGGUUUGGCUCGGCUCCCGCGGCGUCACUCCAAUACAAUAUUGCGCACGAGGAAGAGCACGAGGUGGGCGACGAGCAGGGGUCGCGCAAGACAGGGCGUGAAGGGGUCCUGACACGCGCGACGGCGUAACAGGGAUUGCACUGCACACAUGGGUUCCCGAACAAGUACUUGGAUGGUGGACUUGUGCGGGAGCCCGAUUUGCUCCAAGCAGGCUGCUGCGGCCUCCUGCGCAUGGAAGGAACUAUUCGACUCCUCCACUUGCAUGAACCAUAUUCUGGUGAUUGGCAUUGCAGCACUGAUCGCUGUCGUGGUUGCAAUCCAGCUGCUCGUCAAGAUUCCGAGGAGCAGAGCGCCUGCGCGGCAGCUUUUCGCCCGCAGCUCGCCGCUGCAGCUGGCUGGCGUGGUGUUCAAUGGCUGCUUGGGUCUGGUUUAUCUCGGCCUUGGAUUUUGGAUGUUGGGGAGGAACUUCAGUCAGGAUGCCUCUGUGUACCUGCUGCACUGGUGGUUGGUGGCCUUAUUGCAGGGAUUCAGUUUGAUCCUUAUCAGCAUCGCUUUCAGCAUCAGAGCAAGGUUCCUUGGAGUGACGUCUGUUCGGAUUUGGUCAGUUCUGCUGACCAUAUAUGCUGCAUUUGUUUGCUGCUCCUCGGUUAUUAACAUGGUUGCACAUAAGGCUGUCGCAAUGAAGGGUUGUUUAGAUGUUCUAUUCGUACCAGGGGCACUACUACUCCUUGUCUAUGGAAUUUGGCACAUCAGGGAAGAUGGUAAUGGUAAUGGAGGAACUGGAAGUGCUUUAUAUAAGCCCCUGAACGCAGAGGCUGCUGAUGAUGCAGAUGAUUCAGAGAGUCAUGUCACACCUUUCGCUAAAGCUGGGUUUUUCAGCGUUAUGACGUUUUGGUGGUUAAAUCCUUUAAUGAAGAUGGGUUAUGAGAAGCCCCUUGAGGAGAAAGACAUGCCACUUUUAGGUGCCUCAGAUCGAGCAUAUAACCAGUACUUGAUGUUUCUGGAGAAGCUGAACAAGAAGAAGCAGUUGCAGCCACAUGGCACUCCCUCAGUCUUUUGGACUAUCAUUUCUUGCCACAGAAGUGGGAUCGUAGUCUCAGGUUUGUUUGCAUUGCUUAAGGUGCUCGCAAUAUCCUCAGGUCCAGUGCUUCUGAAAGCAUUCAUCAAUGUUUCACUUGGAAAAGGCUCCUUUAAAUAUGAAGGUUAUGUGUUGGCUGCUACAAUGUUCAUUUGCAAAUGUUGCGAAUCUUUGUCACAACGGCAGUGGUAUUUCCGUACUCGGAGGUUAGGACUCCAAGUGAGAUCAUUCCUAUCAGCUGCUAUCUAUAAGAAACAACAGAAGCUAUCAAACUCAGCGAAAAUGAAGCAUUCUUCUGGAGAGAUCAUGAACUAUGUCACCGUAGACGCCUACCGGAUUGGGGAAUUCCCAUACUGGUUCCAUCAGACAUGGUCAACAAGUGUCCAACUUUGCAUUGCUCUUGUAAUUCUGUAUAAUGCAGUUGGUCUUGCUAUGAUCGCAUCGCUGGUUGUCAUCAUCAUCACUGUACUUUGCAAUGCUCCACUGGCCAAGCUGCAACACAAAUUUCAGAGUAAACUUAUGGAAGCACAAGACGCGAGACUGAAGGCAAUGACAGAGUCCUUAAUUCAUAUGAAGGUCUUGAAACUUUAUGCAUGGGAAGCUCAUUUCAAGAAGGUCAUUGAAGGAUUAAGAGAGGUUGAAUACAAGUGGCUGUCAGCAUUCCAGCUUAGGAGAGCAUACAACAGUUUCCUGUUCUGGUCAUCACCUGUUUUGGUUUCAGCUGCAACAUUCCUGGCAUGCUAUCUGUUGAAAAUUCCUCUUGAUGCUAGCAACGUCUUCACCUUUGUAGCAACUCUCCGCCUGGUUCAAGAUCCAAUUAGGCAGAUACCAGAUGUUAUUGGGGUUGUGAUACAAGCUAAAGUUGCUUUCACUAGGAUAACAAAGUUUCUUGAUGCACCUGAGCUGAAUGGACAAGUUAGGAAGAAAUACUGUGCGGGCACUGAGUUUCCAAUAGUGAUAAACUCCUGCAGUUUCUCGUGGGAUGACAACCCAUCAAAACCAACUCUAAAGAAUCUAAAUUUGGUAGUCAAAGCUGGAGAGAAGGUUGCAAUCUGUGGUGAGGUAGGAUCAGGAAAGUCAACACUUCUGGCUGCAGUUCUCGGAGAGGUCCCGAAAACUGAAGGCACGAUUCAAGUUUGUGGAAAAAUUGCAUAUGUUUCUCAGAACGCCUGGAUCCAAACAGGAACUGUGCAAGACAAUAUUCUCUUUGGAUCUUCAAUGGACAAGCAAAAAUACCAAGAAACGCUUGAGAGGUGCUCUUUAGUAAAGGACCUUGAAAUGUUGCCAUAUGGAGACCGUACUCAAAUUGGGGAGAGAGGGGUAAAUCUUAGUGGUGGCCAGAAGCAACGUGUUCAGCUUGCUCGUGCGUUAUACCAAAAUGCAGACAUCUAUCUUCUUGAUGAUCCUUUCAGUGCUGUUGACGCCCACACAGCAACAAGUCUGUUUAAUGAAUAUGUCAUGGGAGCUCUAUCAGACAAGACUGUUCUUUUGGUGACUCACCAAGUUGAUUUUCUACCUGUGUUUGAUUCCAUUCUGUUAAUGUCAGAUGGUGAAAUUAUUCGAUCUGCAUCUUAUGAAGAUCUUUUAGCAUAUUGUCAAGAAUUUCAGAACCUUGUAAAUGCCCACAAAGAUACUAUUGGUGGCUCAGAUCUUAACAAAGUAACCCCCAACAGAGCAAAGGAAAUAUCAAUCAAGGAGACAAAUGAUUCUCAUGGAAGCAGAUAUAGAGAGACUUUGAAGAAAUCACCAGCAGAUCAACUGAUCAAGACAGAAGAAAGGGACAUUGGUGAUACAGGUCUCAAGCCUUAUAUCAUAUACCUGUGUCAGAGCAAAGGCUACUUAUAUGCCUCUCUUUGUGUUAUUUCCCACUUGGUUUUCAUAGCUGGACAAAUAUCACAGAAUUCAUGGAUGGCAGCUAAUGUCCAGAGUACUGGUAUUAGUACACUGAAGUUGAUUUCUGUUUACAUCGCUAUUGGAGUUUGUACGAUGUUCUUCUUGCUAUCUAGAUCAUUAGCGAUGGUUUCUCUUGGGGUUCAGACAUCAAGAUCCUUAUUUUCACAGUUACUCAACUCAUUAUUCCGUGCACCAAUGUCCUUUUUUGAUUCUACCCCUUUAGGAAGGGUACUUAGUAGGGUUUCUUCAGAUUUGAGUAUUGUUGACCUUGAUGUUCCAUUCGCCUUCAUGUUUAGCAUUAGUGCCAGCUUAAAUGCAUAUAGCAAUCUGGGAGUAUUGGCUGUUGUUACCUGGCAAGUUUUGUUCAUCUCAGUGCCAAUGAUAGUUUUGGCAAUCAGGUUGCAGAGGUACUAUUUAGCGUCAGCUAAGGAAUUGAUGAGGAUCAAUGGCACUACCAAAUCUGCCCUGGCUAAUCACUUGGGCGAAUCGGUUGCAGGGGCUAUAACUAUAAGGGCCUUUGAGGAGGAGGAUCGUUUCUUCCAAAAAAAUUUGGAGCUUGUAGACAAGAAUGCUGGUCCAUACUUCUAUAACUUCGCAGCAACUGAAUGGCUGAUUCAACGUCUGGAGACAAUGAGUGCUGCAGUUCUUUCCUUUUCUGCCUUUGUCAUGGCUCUUCUUCCUCCGGGAACUUUUAGCCCUGGCUUUGUAGGAAUGGCAUUGUCAUAUGGCCUGUCCUUAAAUAUGUCCUUUGUUUUCUCCAUCCAAAAUCAGUGCCAGCUUGCAAAUCAAAUCAUCUCUGUGGAAAGGGUGAACCAGUACAUGGACAUACCAAGUGAAGCGGCAGAGAGUAUUGAAGAAAAUCGGCCAUCACCAGACUGGCCCCAAGCUGGCAGGGUGGAGCUUAGAGAUUUGAAGAUUAGGUAUAGACAAGAUGCUCCUCUUGUACUACAUGGAAUCACUUGCACAUUCGAAGGUGGGGAUAAGAUUGGCAUAGUUGGUCGAACAGGAAGUGGCAAGACAACUUUAAUUGGUGCAUUGUUUCGUCUAGUCGAGCCAGCUGGAGGGAAAAUAAUAAUAGACUCUGUAGACAUCACAAAAAUAGGGUUACAUGAUCUGCGUUCUCGUUUGGGCAUCAUUCCACAAGACCCAACACUUUUUCAUGGUACCAUAAGAUAUAACCUAGAUCCACUUGGGCAGUUCUCAGACCAGCAAAUAUGGGAGGUUCUUGACAAAUGUCAGUUGCUUGAAGCUGUCCAGGAGAAGGAACAGGGAUUGGAUUCACUUGUUGUCGAAGAUGGGUCGAACUGGAGCAUGGGCCAAAGGCAGCUCUUCUGUUUGGGACGCGCACUUUUGAGAAGAUGCCGUAUAUUAGUUCUCGAUGAGGCCACAGCUUCUAUAGACAAUGCAACUGAUGCUAUACUUCAGAAAACAAUCAGGACAGAGUUCAAGGAUUGCACUGUUAUCACGGUCGCACAUCGUAUACCAACCGUUAUGGACUGCUCCAUGGUACUUGCAAUGAGUGACGGGAAAGUAGUGGAGUAUGAAAGACCUAUGAAGCUCAUGGAAACAGAAGGAUCUCUCUUCCGCGAGCUUGUGAAAGAAUACUGGUCAUACACAUCGAAUGGAAAUAUUUAGACGUGCGGGCAACUUGUUUCCAUGGUGGUUGCUGGGUCCUGAACAGAGCUUGUUUUUCCCUGCAAUAGUAAGCUAAUAAAUGCUGAUAGGAGGCACUUGGAAUCUGCAGCCAUGGUUUGGUAUACUUCAAACUUUAAGAUGUAUCUUCGAUUUCUAAUAAAUCACGGUGUAUAUAAAAUUUUUGCAACAAAGUCUUCUCAGCUCCCUCGUGCUCGGUUUUUGUUCGUUCUGUGACUGGAGCCAUAUGCAUGGUAUUUCUAUGGUGGUGGUGGCAAUUCUUUUCUUGUUGAGUAUGCAUCCUUGUUGAGAACCAUCUUGGUUUAAAAAUAAACAACUAUUCCUACGGCA